UCGCUUCUUUCUGUCAAGAUGGCGGCGCCCAGCGCGUUGAAAUGCUGUCGAAACCUUCCUCUCGUUGUUGUGCUUGGCGCAACUGGCACGGGAAAGUCCAAGUUGGCCAUAGAAAUAGCUUCCAGAUUCAAUGGAGAAAUAAUAAGUGCCGAUUCCAUGCAGGUUUACAAGUCACUAGACAUCAUCACGAACAAGGUCACGCAAGCGGAAAGAGAGGCUGCGCCGCAUCACUUGCUCGAUUUCUUGGAUCCUCUCUCGAACUUCACUGUGGCCGACUUUCAAAGCAAGGCUCUCGGAGUUAUCAGCAACUUGGCCAACAGUAACAAGCUGCCCAUCAUCGUCGGUGGCACCAACUACUACAUCGAAUCCCUUUUGUGGAAGAUUCUUGUGCGACCCGAGAACAAACCCGAUGACCAGCUCACCUUCGACAGCAAUCGUGUUUUGCUCAGAGACGUCAUCAACUCAUUCCUGGAAAGCAAAACUGACGUCGACUGUGAAAGCAACACUGCUGCAACUGCACUGCUCAAUGAUGUCCCCGACGAUGCCAGCCUGGGGGAUGUCUCCACAGAGUGUUUGUACAAGUGUCUCGAAAUGGUGGAUCCGGAGCGUGCCGUGAGGCUUCAUCCAAAGGAUCGUCGGAAAAUUGAACGGAGCCUUCAAAUCUUCCAAGUCCAUGGUCGGCCGCACGGCGAUAUCAUUGAAGAGCAACAGCAGAUGGAAGGAGGCAGCUCUCUCGGUGGACCGCUGCGGUUCCAGCGCCCGUGCGUGUUGUGGCUUCAGUGCGACCAGAAUGUGCUGGAUGAGAGGCUGGACGCCCGUGUCGACGAUAUGAUUGCUGCUGGCCUGAUCAAGGAGAUGGAGGAGUUUCACGAGCGAUAUAACAAGCAUCGCAUAGACCACAAUCUGGAAGCUGACUAUACAAAAGGCAUCUUUCAGUCGAUCGGGUUCAAGGAGUUCCACCGGUAUCUUCUCAUGAACAGUGAAGAGAAGGCUUCUCCGAAAGGACAGAAGGAAUUCGCUCAAGGAUUGUGGCUCAUGAAGCAGGUGACAAAGCGGUAUUCCAAGAAACAGAAAAGGUGGAUUACACAAAGAUUCUUAAGAACCCCGGAUCGACAAGUGCCGCCUGUGUACAGCCUGGAUGCGACGGAUGUCUCGUGUUGGGACGCACGUGUCAGGGACAAGAGCUUCGAGAUCGUCGGAGACUUUUUGGAGGGCAGAGAGCCUAGCCACAAGCCAAUCCCUCUGCUUGACAGCAACAACAACAGACACCAACUGUUCACUUGUGACAUCUGCAACGUGACGACUAUCGGCAGCAUCACAUGGGAAGCUCACGUGAAGUCAAAGAAGCACCUCGCAUUAGCAAAGAAGCAGAGAGAGAGGCAAGCUCACGGAGACAUGAACAGGAACCCUGCAAUGGACGAGCAUGCCAGGGCUCUGGACGCAGUUGCUGCCACUGAGAGCCACACACUUCAACAAAAUUCAGAACCCUUCCACUAUGUGAAGAUGGAAGACCAGCGAAGGUGUACUUGUUGAUAACUAUAUUGAUUGAAUAAAGACACACACAUAA